GGAGCUUGGAAAAAAGCUGUCAUUCGUGUUCUGAAAGAAAAUUUCUGCCAAUCAAGGCACGAAAAUUUAUCGAAAAACGUAAAAUUUUCAUUGAUUUUGGUAGUUUUAAGUCUCAAAAAUAGUUAAUUACGGUAGCAGUUUAACAAUGGCGUGGUAAAAUACAGUUUUCAUUUGCGGUUUCGGUACGGUUUAGCUUAUUUUCUCGAGUGCAAAAACGAAUGAAAUAGAAGAAAAAACGGAGGGAUCAUGAAAAUUCCAUCAUCGUCCUCGAAGAACGGACCAGCAGCAGCGAUAAUGGGAGGGACGAAUUUGCGCAACCUGAUCGGAUUGACGUUGCUGGGGCUGGUUCUGGUUUCAGCGGUUGCGGCAGCAGCCACCGCGAAUACCGAUCCGUAUAAAAUUCUAGGGAUCCAGAAACAGGCAACGCUGCAGGAAAUCCGAAGGGCCUACAAACAGCUGGCCAAGGAAUGGCAUCCCGACAAAUCGGAUCAUCCGGAUGCGGAGACUAAGUUUGUGGAAAUCAAGAAGGCGUACGAACUGCUGGCAGAUUCGGACCGUCGGAAGGCCUACGAUUUGUACGGGAUAACGAAUGAGGAUGCUCAUCUGUAUAAAGAGCGUCCGGAUUACAGUAACUAUGGGCGGUUUCCGGAUCCGUUUGAGCAGUUUUUCGGGCACAACUUUAAUUUUCACGAUCAGGACAUAAGUCUGUUCCAUCGGUUGUCGAUAACGUCCAAGUACUAUGAAACGAAUAUCGUACCUAAGAGCCACCACACGCCCCAGAUUCUGAUGUUCUAUUCGGACUGGUGCUUCUCGUGUAUGAAGGCAGCGAAUUCGUUCAAGAAGAUGAUCGAUACUCUGGAACCGUUCGGGGUGACAUUUGCCACUAUUAAUGCGGGUCAUGAGAAUCAACUGGUGCGGAAGGUGGGUGUCCAUUCGCUACCAUGCGUGAUACUGGUUCUGGGAGGUCAUAAUUACGUGUACAAAGACAGUGUUUACAACACACAGAGGGUGGUGGAAUUCAUCCGGCAAAAAUUGCCCUACAAGCUGCUUCCAACUAUCGAUGAUUCCACCGUGGAUGGAUUCCUCGAGGGCUGGAUCGAUAACCGGGUACGAGCUCUAGUCAUGGAACCACGUGCUCAACCACGCCUCAGGUAUCUUAUCACAGCCUAUCACUUCCGCGAAAGGGUUGCAUUCGGAUUUGUCCAACUGAACUCACAGAAAUCGCAGCACAUUCAAGAACGCUACAAACUGCACCCUUCACUGGACACGCUGCUGAUUUUCAACGAAGACUCCAACCGGCCAGUGGCUUCAAUUUCUAUGUCGGACAUUCCAACGUCAACUUUAAAUAACGUUAUAGCCGUCAACAAGUAUUUAGCCUUGCCGCGACUUUCUUCCCAAGCAAUGCUGGAAGGAGUUUGUCCGGCCGAGUGGAAUCGUCCUCGGAAGCGACUUUGCGUGGUUCUUAUUACCGAAAACACCCCGAACCAUGACCACGCUCGUCAAGCCAUGCGCCGGAUAGCUUUAGAGUCCAACUACAGCCCCGAGAAAGUUCGUUUCGCCUACAUCUACCAGGAGAAACAGACCGAGUUCAUCUCAGCCCUAGCCGAGCACAGCAAGCUGGAGGAAACCAUCCUAAAAGUGGUCAUUAUCUGGCGCCGGGACACAAACCACAUCAAAUACGAAUGGGUUCACGAGGCGACCCUACCGGUCCCGGAGAAGGGCGCCGUCGAAAAUGAAACCCACGAUGGCAGCUACAACAACACCAAACAAAAGCUGGACUCGGUCAUCCAGCGGCUGCUGCGACCUUCGGAGGUGCUGAGCUACGAGGCGGAAGUCAAGGAUCUGCUGGACGAACACGCCCAAGGUCUGGUUAUUCGAAUUUUGAACAAGGUGUUGAUGGCGUUCGAGUACAUGACUGAAAACCUGGGACAGGAGCACAUCCUUCCGGCCCUCUCGGUGGUCGGCACCAUAGCCUUCAUCCUGGCGAUCGGCUAUCUGAUGGCCUAUCUGGUACGGGUCGAGGAGGAAAACAUCCAAAAGUCCCAGAACAAAUCGGCGGACGGCAAAAAUGGUAAGCCGGCCAACUACGUUCCGGAACUGCGGCUCCACGAGCUGCGAGCGGAAAAGUACAACGGACUAGUCCGGCUGCUGAAACCCGGCUGCAGAACGAUUGUCCUGCUGACCGAUAUGCAAUCGAGGAACAAGCUGAUUCCGGCCUUCCAUCGGGCCGUUUGGCCGUAUCGAAAUUUGAAUUCUUGCAGGAACAAAACGCUGAUGUUUGCGCACAUGCUCAUCGAGAAGGGUAUCGGGUGGUACGCGGAGCUGCUUCGGCUGUCGCUGUCCGAAUCGCGGGAGAUGAAAAUCAACCCCCGCAACUGUAUUGGGACGGUGAUCGCCCUGAAUGGGCACCGCAAGUACUUCUGCAUGUACCACGCCAAACACCCGGAAUCGAACCGGGGUGCGAAGCGCAUGAUGAAAAUGACCCGGCAGCUGAGCACCAUGCCCUCGGAUCCGGAGGCCGGCGCCUUCCUCGGUAUGGACAGCUCCGAUUCCGAAACCAGCACCUCGGACAUCUCGGAGCCGAAGAUUCUGCUGGAAGAGAACCUGCUGGACGGGCUGCCGAACUGGCUGGAUCGGUUGUUCGAGGGAACGACCCAUCGCUACUACAUCAACUACUGGCCCGAUUUCACCUCCAAAUAAUAAGGACACCCACUCAAACCCAGUCACUCACAGGUAGGUUUUUCAGUUACUAUUUAAAUAGCUGCCCCAAUUUAAAGCCAAAGACGAGGUCAUCUUUCGCAAGGGCUCGGGUCAAUAUCGCUUGACCCCGGCAACCGUUGAAGCUAAGAGCUGAGAUUCCUCGAAAGACAUACACCACAAGUGAACUAAACUGAUUAUUUCCCAGUUUAUUCUCUACAUGAUUUGUUGAAGUAUGUUGAUGUUUUUGUCUUUUUGUCUAACGCAAUCAAGCUUAGUUUAAUAAGUUAUUCUAAUCUUAUUUAUUUGAAAGAUGUUUAAAUAAAAACAAUCAACGCUGGUUGAUUUGAAGCGUUGGGAAAUCUAGUCGAUAGAAAUAACUUAUAGGUUAUUCUUUCAUCAAUGAAAGUUAAAAUACAUAGUGUUAAAUCAAACUAGUAAUAAUUCUGUGUGAAGGAAGGGUGGAGAAACAAAAUGAACCAAUAUAAACGAUAGAAUUGCUAUUUUAAACUAAAGCAAGCAAGCAACAGUUUCAAACAAUUCAAAAAUAUCGGUAAGAAGUUUUUAUAACUAAAUUUUUUUUCUAACUUUUUCAAGCCUUUUCUUUUUACUAUGAUAGGUGAAGUCGAUAAGGUGGCUCACCAAGUCGAAACUGUUUCACAAAACUUUUCCACGUUUCUCCGAGAAAAAAUCUUAAAACGGGAAAAUUAAACUAAUAAUAAUCCAUUACCGCUUGUUUGAGAUUAAACCAAAAGCAAGAUUUCCAAUGCACUGCGCUAGCACUGACAGACGUUGCAGCAAAAAACAAGCAACGGAAACUAUGAAAAAACACACAUCAGAAACAUUCUCUCUCAACCUUAACUAAUGCCGCCUCGAAAAUAAGUCAAGAAAACCAAAAUCGUGCAAUAGUAUUAUAUAGCAAACAAAAGGUAGUUUAAAAUAUUGCCCCUCCUCUUUCGCGAGCUGCUGAUUACAAUGAAGUCCUCCUCCUAUAAGAAUACGUCACCAAUCCUCAAGGCAUGCCCAUAUGAUAGGUCAGAUCGAAAGAAAAACCGUAAGUGUUGUAGUCGGAAAAAGAAAGCUGUCCGAACUAUCGUUGGGAGGAAAUUAAUAGCUACUACUAUACAGAAAAUACUACAAGCACCCAAGAUUAGGAAAUCUUAUAGAAAAUUUUUCAAAUAACAAACAAACAAAAACCUUAAACCGAUGAUCGGAAACCUUCUGCGUUUGGCGACGUCGGCGAAAUAUCUAGAAAAAUAAUAUGAAACGUUUCAAUUUAAA